UUCCUUCCUUCCUUCCUUUUUCCCCACCUUUUUCCUUUCUUUUCUCUGGGGCUGUUUCAGACCCAGGAGGCUUGGAGUUCAAUGGCUGCCAAACCGGCGGGGGGAGAAAAGGGGGCGAUCCGUCCCGUGAUCUGUUGUUUCGGGGAGUUGCUCAAGAGGAGCCGCCUCCGGAGAGAGCAUCGGAGACUCUCAUGGCCUCGUCUUCAUCUCCUGGAACCUCAGUUCUUUGUAAUGGAGGAUUAACGGCGGUUGAGCUUCCAAUGCAGGAAUUGAUAUCACUUGAGGAUGUAGCUGUGGUUUUCUCCGUGGAGGAGUGGGCCCUGCUGGAUUCUGAGCAAAAAGCCCUGUACCAGGAGGUCAUGCAGGAAACCAAGAGGAACUUGGCCUCCUUAGGUGACGGAUGGGAGAUGAAGGAUUCUGGCCAAGAGGCAGCAGCACAUUUCCCAAAAGAGAAAAAGGAAGUUGAAGAAAAAAUGUAUGGAAAGCAAAGUUUGGAGGAAAACCAAUUAAAGGUUGAGAUGGAGAACUGCACUAGUUUACCUUCUGCAGAUACCAAUGUCUUAUUGGACACGGAUGAUUGCCAAGAAAAAGAAGUGUGUUCCAGGUGUGGGAAAACACUCCGAGAUGAAUUUGGAUUAUGUGACUGUUGUAAAAGCCCUGCUGGAGAGAAACAAGAUGAAAGCAGGCAACCCUCCAAAAGGACCCUUCCUCCUCCUUUACAUGAAAGAACACAAGAAGGAGGGGAAAUGUUCAAAUGUACGGAGUGUGCAGAAAGCUUCAGUACAAGCUGCUCCCUUGCAUUGCAUAAAAAGAUUCACAAAGCAGAGGAUCCACACAAAUGUCUGGAUUGUGGAAGGACCUUCAGGCAGAAAAAUCAUCUUAAUUCACACAAGAAGGUCCACGAAGAGAGGAAGCAGCAUCAAUGCAUUAAUAGGGGAAACAGCUUCGGAAGCAGCACCUCCCUUACUUCCCAUCAAAGCCUCCACAGGGAGGAGAAGUUGCAUCAACGCAGGGAGGGUAGAAUGAGGUUUAUUGGGAGCAGGAAAACGAAUUCCCGGAAAAAAAGCCCCACUGCGAAGAAAUCAUGUAAAUGCCUGGAAUGUGGGAAGAGCUUCCGCUCUGCAAGUCACCUCACUUUGCAUAAUAGGAUCCAUACAGGGGAAAAGCCGUAUCAUUGCACAGUGUGUGGAAAGAGCUUCACCCGAAAAUGGAAUUUCAAUUUACAUCAUAAGAUCCACACUGGAGAGAAGCCGUAUCAUUGCACAGAGUGUGGAAAAUGCUUCAGGACCUCCGGUGAACUUACUUGCCAUAAGAAGAUUUACACAGGGGAGAAACCCUAUGAAUGCUUACAGUGUGGAAAAAGCUUCGCCAGAAGUAGUGCUCUAACCUUACAUAAUCGGAGGCAUACAGGGGAAAAACCUUAUAAAUGCCUGCACUGUGGAAAGAGCUUCAGUCAAAAACGUAGUCUUAAGUCACACGACAGGAUCCACACAGGGGAAAAACCAUUUCAAUGCAUGCAUUGUGGAAAGAGCUUCCGUACUUCAACAAGCCUUAAUUCCCAUAACAGAAUCCACACAGGGGAGAAGCCCUUUCAAUGCCUGCAGUGUGGAAAGUGCUUCAGUAGGCAAACUAAUCUUACUUUCCAUAAAAGGAUCCACACGGGUGAAAAGCCUUACAAGUGCAUCGAAUGUGGCAAAUGCUUCGCUCGAUUGGGACAUCUCUCUUGCCACAAAAGGCUCCACACUGGGGAGAAACCCUAUGAAUGCUGCACAUGUGGAAAGAGCUUCAAUGAAAAAAACACCUAUAUCACACAUAACAGAAUCCACACUGGGGAGAAACCAUAUAAAUGCCUGCACUGUGGAAAGAGCUUCAGUCAAAACAGUAAUCUAAAGUCACAUGAGAGGAUCCACACGGGAGAAAAACCAUUUCAAUGCAUGGAGUGUGGAAAGAGCUUCCGUUUCUCCGAAAACCUUACUGCCCAUCACAGAAUCCACACAGGGGAGAAACCAUAUGAAUGCCACACGUGUGGAAAGAGCUUCAAUGAAAAGCAAAAAUAUAUUGUACAUAGCAGGACCCACACGGGGGAGAGACCAUAUCAGUGCCAGGAGUGUGGAAAAUGCUUCAGGGAUUCUGGAGCACUGAGGAUCCAUAAAAGAAUCCACACAGGGGAGAAACCCUAUAAGUGCGCAGAGUGUGGCAUGAGUUUCAGGAUAAGUUGUAACCUUUAUAUCCACAAGAGGAUCCACACUGGGGAGAAACCAUAUACAUGUCAUGAAUGCGGAAAAAGCUUUAGACAUAAUAGUUCACUCAGGAGUCAUAGAUGGCUUCACUCAGGGGAGAAACCCUAUAAAUGCCUGGAGUGUGGAAAAUGUUAUAAUGUGAGUUGCAGGCUUAUCUCCCACAUGAGUAUCCACACAGGGGAGAAGCCGUAUCAGUGUGUGGAGUGUGGAAAGAAAUUCAGAACUGUUAGUAACCUUAAUCAACAUAAGAAAACGCAUAGCAGGAAAAGAUGACCUGAAUUGGUUUGUGUUGAUUCUCAACAUUUGCUUAACGCCCCUAGAAGUGUUCCAGGAGAAUCUGUAGAAACCCUUUGAGUAUUGGAAGGGCUUCCGAAGCAGGAGAAGCUUUUUGAUCCAUUAAAAAUAAGAGUUGGCUUGUA